AUGAAAAUUCCUUUCAGUGCCCGGCUCCAAGCCAGGCUCAGAUGCUCAGACAGUGCCACCUCCUGGGAAGAGGCUGUGCUGGGUGGCACAGUCCCAGGAAAUACUUCUUGGGUUUUGUGGCAGGUGAGGGAAGGCAGCCUGGGCCCCAGCUUCAACCUCCAACUGCAGGGAACAGAGAUGCUUCUAACCACCCUGGCCUCUCUAUUCACUUGCCUCACUGUCUCAAACCUCUGUGGCCUCUGGGUGACAGGGUGGGAGGGUGGAAGAUGCCACUUGGCUGGAGCUUCUUGUCAGCAACCAAAGAAACACCAAGUGGAGGAAUACCGAUCUGAGAAAAAAUCCCAAACUUAUCAGGAGUUGGAGGAGUCCUGGGCUCCCUCCGCACAGCUGCACCAGCCAUUCGUGCAGCAGAAGCCACCAGCGCAGCCGAAAACACCAGCAGAGCCAAAGCCACCAAUACAGCAGCCACGGCACCAGCCAACACAAGCACAGCUUCUGCUGCUGCAGCCAGAGCCACUGCCACCACCGCCACCACCACCACCACGGCCACCACAGCGAAGUGAUCAGGACCCGGUUACUCAGUGCAAUUUUCUGUCCAGUGUCCAGGAUUCCCAAAGGCAAGGACCCCAGCCUGACUCACUGCGGGCUCCUGAAGCUGGAGGGCAAUUGUAUAACCUCUCAGGUCCUGGUCUCAUGAACGCCUGCCUUUCUAGCCUUAACAAACACCCUGGAUAUUCACGUUUCAAGGUGAGACAGAGCACAGAGGAAGAGAAGCUCUGGCUGAGUAAGGACGGGAACCCAUCGGUGCUCCUGCGAGGAUACGUUAAGACUUUUGCUGCAGGCCAGCUGAAAACAGGCACGAACAACACUCACGAAAAUCGGCCCAGCCGCCGGGUACACCACAACCAUACAAGCAAAGACAAUCUGAUUUUAGACCCACGAACUUAUCCCCCGAGUGGGGGUGCACCGUUCCUGGAAGUACUGCAAUACCAGGUCGAUGCGUGGAGUGGACGGAGCAAGCUCCUAUUCCAUCUCCCUGCUCCAAAAAUCCAUUUAAUAUAUUGUCCUCGGAUAGAGGACGUAUCAGAUAUUAAACUGAUAAGAACAGAUACUACACUUGAUCUUAGCCAAAAGGCCGAGAAGCGAUAA